AUGCAUCACUGUAAGAGAUACCGGUCCCCGGAGCAGGAGAGCUACCUGGGUCACAGGUGGAAGAGGAAGAGGUCUCGUAGCAGAGAGUACGAGGGGAGACUGCGGUACCCACCCCGGAGGGAUCUCUCCAGGAGAUCGCGAUCGAGAAGCCAUGACAGGAUGCCUUAUCACAGGAGAUACAGACGGGACAGCGACGCCUACAGAUUUGAAGACCGAAGCCCGUCUUUUGGAGAGGACUAUUACUCGACCCGCUCGCGAAACUGGCGGCGAUCCAGAGGCAGAGAGCAGCACCGUCCAAAGAAGCAUCAGCAUCACUGCCGGAAACGCAGGACCAGGUCUUGUAGCAGUGCCUCCUCGAGAAGCCAACAGAGCAGUAAGCGCAGCAGGAGCGUGGAAGAUGACAAGGAAGGCCACCUGGUGUGCAGGAUCGGCGAUUGGCUUCAAGAGCGAUAUGAAAUUGUCGGCAGCCUUGGCGAAGGCACUUUUGGCAAAGUGGUGGAGUGUGUGGACCAUGCCAGAGGCAAAUCUCAGGUGGCACUGAAAAUCAUAAAAAAUGUUGGAAAGUACCGAGAAGCAGCCAGGCUGGAAAUUAACGUCCUGAAAAAAAUCAAAGAGAAGGACAAGGAGAACAAAUUCUUGUGUGUCCUGAUGUCAGACUGGUUCAACUUCCAUGGCCACAUGUGCAUUGCCUUUGAGCUUCUGGGCAAGAACACUUUUGAGUUCCUGAAGGAGAACAACUUCCAGCCAUACCCUCUCCCUCAGAUCCGGCACAUGGCCUACCAGCUCUGCCAUGCCUUGAGAUUUUUACACGACAACCAGCUGACUCACACUGACCUCAAGCCAGAAAACAUCUUGUUUGUCAACUCUGAUUUUGACACUCUGUACAACGAGAAAAAGAGCUGUGAGGAGAAAUCCAUUCGGAACACAAGCAUCCGUGUGGCAGACUUUGGAAGCGCCACCUUUGAUCACGAGCACCACACCACUAUCGUGGCCACCCGGCACUACCGUCCACCAGAAGUGAUUCUGGAGCUGGGUUGGGCACAGCCAUGCGAUGUCUGGAGUACUGGCUGCAUUCUGUUUGAGUAUUACCGCGGCUUCACGCUCUUCAUUACGCAUGAGAAUCGUGAGCAUCUUGUCAUGAUGGAAAAAAUCCUCGGGCCAAUUCCAUCUCACAUGAUCCACAAAACUCGGAAGCAAAAAUAUUUCCACAAUGGAAACCUGGUAUGGGAUGAGAACACGUCCGAUGGGCGAUACGUCCAAGAGAACUGCAAGCCCCUGCGGACCUACAUGCUGCACGACUCGCUGGAGCACGCACAGCUCUUUGACUUGAUGAGGAGGAUGUUAGAAUUUGACCCUUCCCGGAGGAUCACGUUCUCGGAAGCCCUCCUGCAUCCCUUCUUUGCUGGCCUCUCUGCGGAGGAAAGGAUGCUGUGCGGUCGAGGCGCCAGCCGGGACCUGAGCAGAUGA